AUGACAGAGGCUCAGAAGUACGAGGGCGCUCUAUAUAAGCCGAAACAGACGAAGAACCAACGGAAUCAGAAAGGCAAGAACGAUCAUCAGCAAAACUCCAAGCCUACUGCCAAUGGUCACCGAGCACCGUACGUCGAGGAUGCUCCUGAGUCCGAUAAGUCGAAGGAAAAUGUAUCCGCGCUGCCCACUGCCCCUACUCCCCCAGUUACGUCCGGGACUCCUCAGAGAAACGAUCCUAAACAAGUCAAUGUAUUCGACUUCCUAGUUGCUGAGAACGCAUCUAAAGUCUCCCUCGCUCAGCCCAAAGAGCAGAUGCAAAUGGUUGAUCACGCCCCCUCUGUCUUUGAAGCCAGUAAGGCGCUGACCAACUACGAAACGGGCGGCGAGGAUGAAGAUAAGAAGUAUGAUCUGCCAUACGAGGAAAAUGGGUAUUCUUACGGCUCUGGUCCUAUCCCUCCAUCGGCGUACCCAAGUAAAGCCGCAAACGCCUCCAUGGAAUUUAUGACCCCGGCCCCGAAAAAGAAGAAGGAUCGUUCACGCAAGACUGAGGCAGGCGCCGUCACCAGUGAGAAGAAGCGAAAGCGCCACAAUGAAGAUCAGGAGAUUGAAGAUGCCGAUACUCCUAUGAUGGAAGCGCCAUCUAGCGUUGUGAACCACCCAGGUACGCCCAUGCUGAAUCACUCCGGGUUAACAGGUGGUUUGAGUCGGAUGCUUCGAUCCCCCUCCCUGGAAGCUGAGAAUGACCACGCCGAUCAUCCUCGCCGGCGUUACCAGGACCCUUCGUCUCCCAUCAAGCGUACUCGCCGUGACGACAAGGAUGGCUCUGAUGCCGGCUUGGGUAUCUCGAUGAAAAACCGUGCCGGACGCUUUGUCUCUUCCAUGUUUGGAGGCCCUGCAGAAAGCAAGCGUGGUUCAUCAGAUGAUGGUGAUGCACGACCCAAGAAGUCGAACCGUGGGGCAUCUGAUUCGCAGAAGUCUAAGCGGAAGAGUAGCGCUCAGGAUGGUCGGCCAUCUCAACGUCUCAAGCAAAUCGAAUAUGCCAACGGUUCCCGUACCGAAUCCCCACGCGGGGAUGACGGUCGUCAAGUCGUGAUCUAUGGGCAGCCGAACAUUCCUAGUGAUUUACAGCGACAGAUGGCUGCUCACUUCUUGUCGUUGGUGACCAAGGGUCCCGAAAGCCAGCGAGGAUUCUCUGUGAACAAGGUUUUGAAGCGCUUUCAUCGUGACUUCACUGACGAAUUUGAUGACGACCGUGGUCGUGAGCAAGGGCGCAGCCGUGCAGACCACGAGCAGAGAGGUGAAGACGAGAAAGAUCUUUGGCGCACAUUGCGCAUCAAGAGAAAUGACCGGGGAGAGAUUGUCCUUUUUAUGUGA